AUGUUUCCAAACCUUACUCUCCUGCGCGCUAAUACAUCUUUGGAUAUCAAUAAGCCAAAAUUUCACGAUUUUAGCGAUGAGCUCACCAAGAAUAUAAUCAACAGAUUGAACAUGGACAUGGGCCAGCUGAAGCUGGAACUCAAGCGGUUCGAGAAGCAGUUCCAGCGCAAGUACAAGAGACUUCCAGCUCGUGACGAUGUACGUGCUCUACCGGAAAUCAAGGAAAAAUACAAGCAGUACUCCGCGUUCCAGCUUGCAAGGCAGCGAAAAGACGCAGCGCCCAAUGUGGGAGCGACGCCUCGCCGCUAUGAGGGAGGAACACCUCGCCGCCAUGAAGAAGUAGAAUUAGGGCCCACGCCACAGAUAUACGGUAAAGCCAUAAGUCUCUUUGAAAUGAAACUUUCCCCGUUGAAGCCUGUAACAGUGGUGUCGCCACAGGCAUCCAGUCACUCGCCACAAGCGGUAACCACAGAGGUUCAUCAAGUCACUACUGCCGAAAUCCAUCAGUUUAAAUCCCAACCAGACCUUUCUUUGACUCCAAAGCGCUCCCCCAAGAAAACAACUUACGGGCCUAACUCCCCAAUGAAAUUUGACAACGUUCAGCUCUCGGUUCACACCCCUAGACGCAAUUUGCGCGCUUUACUAGAUGACAGCGUUAACGACACGACCGGAAGCCCGUCUCCGAUAAUCAAAAGGCCCCCUGGCAAGCCAUUACGACAAAUCCUUGAGGAACACGAGAAACUUAUGGAAGAUUUAGAAGAGAUGAGCGACGAGGAGGUAGUACGCGCUAACGUCAAGGACAUUUUUCAGGACGAUUCUGAUGCGACAGAAGAUGAAGAGACGGACGAAGCUAUGCUGAUCAAGAAGCCCAAACGUAAGCACAUCUUAAGACCAGCGAAGAAUGCGCUGGCCGCACAACAGCCUUUCCAAGUGAACAUUCACGAAGAGAUGGAGCGCCUCAAGCAACAAGCCGCGAGCGGUAUUGAUGGCACGAUUCCUGUAAAAAAACCAGCGUCAGAUGCGAAAGCCAGUAACCCGAAGACGAGGCGUGGGAACAGAAAAUACAAUCUGGUUAGCAACAACUUCCGUCGUCUGAAACUCCCGAAAGCCAAGGGCAAAGGCGGGAAGAGGUGGGGCCGCAGGUGA